ACAAGUGUACAUCUCUAAUUCUCAAACAGCUGCUUCCACACAAGCACAUGUAUUGCAAGUCGAAUUCAUAGGAAUUCAAUAAUGGGACUAGAAGUGAAUUUUCCAGGAAACGAUAUAGACGAUAUCGAGGAUUUAAUAUCAUCCGACGAUGUUAAGCCCCGUGAACGAUACGAAACCAAAAAAAAUGUAACAUUGCGCGCUAAAAAGCGUACACAAAUUAAGCCGGCAUUAAGCGACGGGGACAUAGAGACGGCUAUUACUCCACAGAAAAUUAUUCACACAAGUGUUAUACCAGGAACCCAAAAGGUGUAUGUAAAAACAUGGGGCUGUGCACACAACAAUUCCGACUCGGAGUACAUGGCCGGGCAAUUGGCGGCGUAUGGCUACAAUCUGAGCGGCAAGGAUGACGCUGAUCUGUGGUUGCUAAAUAGUUGUACUGUGAAAAAUCCCUCGGAGGAUACUUUUCGUAAUGAAAUCGAGUUGGGUAUGCGCAACGGCAAGCAUGUUGUUGUGGCCGGCUGCGUGCCACAGGGCGCUCCAAAGGCAGACUAUCUCCGUGGACUUUCAGUAAUCGGUGUCCAGCAAAUUGACCGUGUAGUGGAGGUCGUUGAAGAGACGUUGAAAGGUCACAGCGUUCGCCUGCUUCAAAACAAAAAGGUGCACGGCCGUCGAGUGGCUGGCGCUUCCUUGUCCCUGCCGAAGGUGCGCAAGAAUCCGCUAAUAGAGAUCAUAUCCAUCAACAGCGGCUGUCUUAACCAAUGCACUUACUGCAAAACAAAGCAUGCUCGCGGAGAUUUGGCCAGUUAUUCGCCUGCUGAAAUUGUGGAUCGCGCACGUCAAUCAUUUGACGAAGGCUGCUGCGAAAUUUGGCUGACUUCGGAAGACACCGGUGCUUAUGGACGCGACAUUGGAAGCUCGUUGCCCGAGCUGCUCUGGCAGCUAGUUGAAGUGAUACCUGAGCACUGCAUGCUGCGCGUGGGCAUGACCAACCCACCAUAUAUACUAGAGCAUCUCGAGGAAGUGGCCAAGGUGUUACAGCAUCCGCGCGUUUACGCUUUUCUUCACGUGCCUGUACAGAGUGGCAGCGAUUCUGUGUUGGGCGACAUGAAGCGUGAGUAUUGCCGCAAGGAUUUUGAGCAUGUGGUUGAUUUUCUACGCGCUCGUGUGCCUGGGCUAACAAUUGCCACUGAUAUUAUUUGUGGCUUUCCAACGGAGACGGAGCAGGACUUUGAGGAGACAAUGUCGCUGUGUCAGAAAUAUCGUUUUCCCAGUCUAUUUAUCAACCAGUUCUUUCCACGGCCGGGAACGCCGGCAGCCAAAAUGGAGCGUAUACCAGCCAAUCUUGUAAAGAAGCGCACCAAACGACUGACCGAUCUGUUCUAUAGCUACGAGCCGUACAAAGGACGAGAGGAGCAGAUAUACACGGUACUUGUGACGGAAGUAUCUCACGAUAAGCUGCACUAUGUGGGACACAACAAAAGCUAUGAGCAAGUGCUUCUGCCCAUGCGCAAUAAUUUGCUGGGUACCAGUGUUCGCGUCCGCAUUACAGCUACUAGCAAGUUUAGCAUGAUGGGCGACAUACUGGACGAAGAGCGCGAUUGGACGCGCUGCGACAUUAACAACAAAGAGACUCAGCAAGCGUCCAACAACAACAUCAGCAGUCGGGGACAGCGUUUUAUAGGCGUUGCGUUAAUUGCGGCCACCAUAGCUUUUUUGUUGCACUUGCUCUUCAGAUUCUUGUCUCAAUAAAAUAAAGUUUUUACAAAAUAAUCUAAA